GCCGGAUGCAUGGAACCUGGUGACGCGUGAGUACGUGGCGCUGACGUCAGCGAUUUCCCGGCUCAGACGGAGAGCAGCUGAACUGGUGGCCGGUGAGCUAGACGGUGAGAGCGGGGGGAGGGGGUCUGCCGCUCCCAGUGUGGCCCCAUAGUCAGGGCCCCUGGGUCCCAUGGUAUGAGAGCGCGUAAUAACGGGCUGGGAGCAGCCUGGGGCCACAGGGAGAGAGGCUGUGGGGACCUGUGAUUGGUCCCUCCAGUGACGUCAUGACUGUAGGGCUCUCAGUGGGUUUUAGUUGUAUCCAGGGGCCGCUUUAUAAUGAGGGCAGGGGGGGUCUCCUGUGUGGGCUCUCUGUGUAUUAAUAUUAAAAUGUGUAAAUCCUUACAUUGGUGUGUGUGUGCCAGCAGUGUGUACAUAACUGCAGAAAGUGUUUAUAAAAGUAUAUGGAGAAUUCCCAAGCCUUAAAUUCUUAAUAAUCCCCUCAACCUGGGUAAAUAUUAAAGGGUGCCCACCCAUACAGAGGUUGUAAGAUGAUGAAUCUUAACACAGGUCGAAAGCAAUGUUAAUUUCACUUUUGAUUACUAUACUAUACACAGCUUUACUUUAUUUGUGUGUAAUCUCACAUUGAUACCUGCCAUAUGUUUGUUAUAUUUCAGGGUCUCUUUUACUCCCCCCAAGGACCAGAGAUUGUUGUUGAUUAUUAUAAACCCAUUUUAGGGUAAUUUAUUAUUAAUUUUUUGUUCUGCUCUGUUUAAUUUUGGAAGGUCCUACGUUUUGUUUAUUUAAUGCUUUUCUCUCCUCUCAUCACUCAAGUUUAUUUAAGACUGUGAAAAAAAAAAAAAAAAUAUAUAUAUAUAUAUAUAUAUAUAUAUAUAUAUAUAUAUAAUUUUGUAGGGUUCAGCAGGCAUGUUAAUCAUUUUUAGAGGUUAGGAAAGAAGUUUAAUAAUAGUAGUUGUUAAUAAGGCUUCAUCAUAAUAAAGACAAAAAUGAGGAACUUUCCAAAAUAUUUUAGGUUCUUAUGUCUUUGUAGGUUGCGAAGCCCUCAAGAAGAUGUAUUCAUGUCAUUUCACUGGGCCUUUUGCUAAUUUAUUUUUAUAUGAUCUAGUACUAUUUGGAGAUGUAAUUAAACGUCUCUCUGGAAUUUUGCAAACACACAAACAUCUGGAACAGUUAUCUAGUCUAUUUGCUAUAGUCAGACUAAAGAGUUUAGUCUUCUAUCAAGUAAUACUUAGAGGUCUAUUUGCGAAACCUAGAAUUUUACCAAAUUGAGAUACAAAGAGCAAGGUUUAAGCUAAACUAGCCUAUCUUCACGUAUAGCUGAAUUUAAUUUUUUUCAGACUAAAAAUUGUUGCCUAAAUUGUGUAAUUUUAAUUUCCGUUUGCUGUAUUCCAGCUUUGUAUUCCUGUCACUUUAGUAUCACUUUAAGGCAGCUCUAUUGCCCUCCCCCCCUUGCCCUCCAGUAAAUAAAGCAUUAAAAACCCUUUAUUUACUUACUUAAUCCCAGCGUAGUUGUCUCUCGGCGCUGGGCCAACGCUCUGCCUGCUCUGACGGCCCACGACGAGCUUGCGCUAUAAAAAUGGUUUCCUGUGGGGAAAAAUCAGACGCCGAGUGUCCUCAUGCAGAGCGUGAGGACUUCCAGUGUCAGAUGCCAGACCAAAGGUCUGUUUCAAUUCAGGAAGCCCUCUAGUGCUGACGUAGUGCUGGAAUGUAAACAUUGUAGUUUCUCUGGAACUGCAAUGUUUAACAUUGCAGCACUAGGUGCAAAAGGGACAGUGCACCUAAACUACUUCAAUUAGCUUAAGUGAUCUGGGUUCAUACAGUGUUUCUAAGUCUCAACAUCUAGGGAUACAUGUUAGUUAUCCCUGCUUUACUUUUUGUGUAAAUUUGCCUUAUUUCCUUUAGUCUGUGAAUUUGCUAGUGCAGAGCCUUCAUUUCCUCUUGUUCCUGUAUGCCAAACCUGUUUUGUCAUUCAAGUUCUAGGAGCUAUGAAAGAACAUUUAAGUCCCAACUAGUUUUUCUACGUCAAACACCUGACGAAUCCCUGGUACAUUUUCUCAGUGGGUUACACAAUGCGAGUUUGUGUGAAACAUGGCAAACCGUGUAAUCUGUCUGUCUCUAACAAUCCUAUUACAUUGAUGUUAUCCCACAGAUAAAUCAUCAUGAAGUUAGCAGUCCCUAUUGAGAUUUUUGAAAAGAUUGACAUUUUAUGACCGCAUCCUAUGUCCUAUGUUUGAGAGAUCUGUGAAUAGUGCUUAACUAAUGUAGAGAGGGCUCUAAUGCAAGACUGUUUUUUGGGCCCCUCUCUAUUGCAAGUGUAAAUGCUGGAUCCUCAACUGUCCUACGGUGCUUUGCCAGUUGGGGGUCUUCCAUUUGUCUAUCUUUACAGGGUUGUAUUCUGCAGUUUUUGUGUGUUUGGAUGUUAGCUUGUGUUUGUAUGUUUGUGAAUGUAGGAGUGUGUUUGUAUGUACUGUUGCCAUAUGAUUGCAGUGGUUUGUAUUUGUGUGUAGUAUUGGCGUUUAAAUGCUGAGAUGCAUGCACAUAGUCUCACUCUCCAUGCGGCGCUCUUAAAGCUGGGAGAAAAUGGGUACAGGCCACAGCAUAGUAGCAGAUCUGACAGGGGCCCAGUUGCGUUGUUAAAGACGGGCCACUGAUCAGAAAUACCCAUCAUGUGACUCCAAGUACAUGGACCACCCAAUGACUAACUUUAGUUUGUGGGCCAACACAAUCCCCUCUGAGACACAGAACACACUGGUCCUGGUCACACUUGAAACCGUUGCGACCCUGGAACACUUGUCUGUGUCACUGUUGUGUAUCUCUUCCAAACAUAGCAUGGAAUGCUCCUUUUGGAAACAGUGUUAAUACUCUCUGAGCAUGAUCUGCCACAUUAUUUCCCUUUUUACUAUAUUUCAUAGCUGUAGGAUUGCCAAAAUUUGAAUGUUGGAAUUGACAGUCUAUGAAUCAUGGGUUUCUCCAAUGCCUUGUUGGUUGAUUCAACAAACUCCCACUGAUGACAGACUCGUCACAUUUUUUACUAUAUUGGAUAGACCUAUUUUUGUGCAAGUUGUUAUUAAUUAUAUAUAAGGACUUUUCCAGAUACCUUGACAGAUCGUAGGGGGUUAAAAUCAUCUUAUUUAUAAGGUUAUUUACUAAAGUGAGAUUUCAGAGUGGAUGCCAACUGAAUUUCAAAUUUUAGGCCAGAGAAGCCAAACUAAGAGCAUAACUGAGAGAACAUUUCACUUCUGGCCAUUUUGAACUAAAAGUUUAAAUUUACCUUGAAUUCUCACUUUAGUGAAUAACCAUUUUAAUGUUGGACAUAAGGGAAGGAAACUACAGCUCUUGAAAUGCAAGUGACAGAUUUGUUAUAUGACAACAGGCUUAAGUUUCAAAAAGUGUAGUCAAGUUUUGCGAGAAGACAGGAUGCUUUACAGAUAUUUACAGCAUGUUAAAACACUAGAAAACACACUUCACAGUGAGCAAUUGCGUUUUAAAGACUGUAAUUGCAAUUUACAUAACCUGUUGGUUCCUAAAUUCUCACCUUUCCAGACAUAUAUUGUAGUGAACAAUGGGGAGGUGACUGAACCUAGAAAGAAAUUCAAACAAUACACGGUUAGAAUUGCUUCUCUUAAACAGUGCAGACAUACCCAGUCCUAAAUGGGAUAUCUUGUUCUGCCAUAAAAGGGGAAAUCCUAUUUUAAAUAGGAAAGCAUAUUGUUUCUUUAUUUUGAAAUUAGAUAAGUGCUAUAUGAAUGCGUUUGCAAUCUUACUAUGUCAGUGGUCUAUUGCAGAUAUUAAGAUUGAAAACUGGAAUAGACAGUGGUUUAUGGGUUUCAUUGGGUUUUUAUUUUGUUUUUAAUUUCUUUCUAUAUAUAAUCUUCAACAUUCCUGUGUGCAGUGCAGUAAAAUUGUACUGUUUAUGCUAAAGAGACAACAUUUUACUUGACUCACAAUGGUUUAACAAUCUGCCAACUUUUCCUCGCCAACCCCACUCAAAAAAACACCAAACUAUCUAUAAUUGACACCAUCUUGCAAAUUUGCAAGAUGAUUUCCUCUUACCAACUUAAGAUGCAAGUUAGUAUACUCAAUUGCCCAAUGUAUUUUGUACACAUGGAGCGAAGUUUUAGUGUUCUCAUCCUUGUGUGAGAGGGCUUCAAGCCAUUGAAGACUUAGAAUAAUUUGGAGGGAACAUAGGCAUAGUUUGGGGCAUUAGUGUGAAUCCAUUUGUAAAGAAUUAAACUCCUGGUUACAACCAAGACAACUUUUUUACUUCUUAAUAUUUUUUAAAGGAACACUCUAGUGCCAUAACUGCUACACCACACAGUAGUGGUUUUGGUACUAGAGUGCACCGACGCCCCCCUCACCUUUGUAGAAUUUAAGAAUUAUUAUUUAUAAAGCAGCAACUAAUUCUGUUAAGCUGUUCAAUAGGACUUCUUGCAUAGGGUCUGCUGGGUGCCGCACCCCAUCUCCACUACCUCAGCCAGAGAUCUGGAAGCUCCUGUUAGCAUUCUUAAGGUAAGACCUACCUUUCAGUGCUAGUUCAUUGGCUGAGAGCGUCAACUCAUCACUCUCAGCCAAUUAACUAAACCCUGCACUGCUGGACUUAGUCACAGAGAGCAAGAAGCUCUUUUGUGACUAAGGUAGAGGAAGCAUGAAGCAGCAUCCAGCAGACCCCAGGUAAGAAGUUAAUCAAUUCAAUGCUCUACAGGGAGUGCAGAAUUAUUAGGCAAGUUGUAUUUUUGAGGAUUAAUUUUAUUAUUGAACAACAACCAUGUUCUCAAUGAACCCAAAAAACUCAUUAAUAUCAAAGCUGAAUAUUUUUGGAAGUAGUUUUUAGUUUGUUUUUAGUUUUAGCUAUGUUAGGGGGAUAUCUGUGUGUGCAGGUGACUAUUACUGUGCAUAAUUAUUAGGCAACUUAACAAAAAACAAAUAUAUACCCAUUUCAAUUAUUUAUUAUUACCAGUGAAACCAAUAUAACAUCUCAACAUUCACAAAUAUACAUUUCUGACAUUCAAAAACAAAACAAAAACAAAUCAGUGACCAAUAUAGCCACCUUUCUUUGCAAGGACACUCAAAAGCCUGCCAUCCAUGGAUUCUGUCAGUGUUUUGAUCUGUUCACCAUCAACAUUGCGUGCAGCAGCAACCACAGCCUCCCAGACACUGUUCAGAGAGGUGUACUGUUUUCCCUCCUUGUAAAUCUCACAUUUGAUGAUGGACCACAGGUUCUCAAUGGGGUUCAGAUCAGGUGAACAAGGAGGCCAUGUCAUUAGAUUUUCUUCUUUUAUACCCUUUCUUGCCAGCCACGCUGUGGAGUACUUGGACGCGUGUGAUGGAGCAUUGUCCUGCAUGAAAAUCAUGUUUUUCUUGAAGGAUGCAGACUUCUUCCUGUACCACUGCUUGAAGAAGGUGUCUUCCAGGAACUGGCAGUAGGACUGGGAGUUGAGCUUGACUCCAUCCUCAACCCGAAAAGGCCCCACAAGCUCAUCUUUGAUGAUACCAGCCCAAACCAGUACUCCACCUCCACCUUGCUGGCGUCUGAGUCGGACUGGAGCUCUCUGCCCUUUACCAAUCCAGCCACGGGCCCAUCCAUCUGGCCCAUCAAGACUCACUCUCAUUUCAUCAGUCCAUAAAACCUUAGAAAAAUCAGUCUUGAGAUAUUUCUUGGCCCAGUCUUGACGCUUCAGCUUGUGUGUCUUGUUCAGUGGUGGUCGUCUUUCAGCCUUUCUUACCUUGGCCAUGUCUCUGAGUAUUGCACACCUUGUGCUUUUGGGCACUCCAGUGAUGUUGCAGCUCUGAAAUAUGGCCAAACUGGUGGCAAGUGGCAUCGUGGCAGCUGCACGCUUGACUUUUCUCAGUUCAUGGGCAGUUAUUUUGCGCCUUGGUUUUUCCACACGCUUCUUGCGACCCUGUUGACUAUUUUGAAUGAAACGCUUGAUUGUUCGAUGAUCACGCUUCAGAAGCUUUGCAAUUUUAAGAGUGCAGCAUCCCUCUGCAAGAUAUCUCACUAUUUUUGACUUUUCUGAGCCUGUCAAGUCCUUCUUUGACCCAUUUUGCCAAAGGAAAGGAAGUUGCCUAAUAAUUAUGCACACCUGAUAUAGGGUGUUGAUGUCAUUAGACCACACCCCUUCUCAUUACAGAGAUGCACAUCACCUAAUAUGCUUAAUUGGUAGUAGGCUUUCGAGCCUAUACAGCUUGGAGUAAGACAACAUGCAUAAAGAGGAUGAUGUGGUCAAAAUACUCAUUUGCCUAAUAAUUCUGCACUCCCUGUAUGUUGUGCUGUAGUAGUUAUGGUGCUUGGAAUGUUCCAUUAAUGGAAUUUUUGUGAUAUAUCAUAUCUGUCUCUGGUGUAAUGGGGACUUGGGAAUAUAAAGUAUUGUUUAAAUGUGUUGUGACAUCUCUCCUUAAUUGACUUACUUUACAGAGAUAAUAUGCCACUCAUUCAUGCACAAUUCAUGCAGUAGUUCAUUAUUUAGUAAAUAUUAAAUAAUGCACUGAUAUGUAUGUAUGCACACUUGGCUGUGUAAAAUGGAAGCAUAUGUUUUUAUUCUGGCUAAAUUAUGCAUUUUUUGUGUGUGUGUGUGUGUGUGUAUAUAUAUAUGUAUAUAUAUAUAUAUAUAUAUAUAUAUAUUCCUCAGACUAUGCCUUCUUGGCACAUGUACUUACACAAUUAUGUAGUUCUUCUACUGAGACUUACAUUUUUACUCUCUCCUACAGGUGGUCCAGGCCCCAUGAACACUCGCAAACGUCACGGUUCCCGUAACACAGAGAACGGAGUAUACGUAGGACCACCCCAGACCCAGGUCCUGCCCUCCCAGAUCACUUCAGAAGCACCCACCCCAGUACUUCCUGUUCCUCCUGCUGAAAUUAUGUCCUGUCGUGACCGGACUGCUGAAUUCAUCUCAGCUUGCAAGUCUUUACGUGGUCGUCAGGUUAGAUUAAUUACCACAGGGAAAUUAGAGGUGUCCAUUGCAUGAUUAGAUGGUUAAUAUUACGGUUGGUGACUCGGGCAUGUAAAAUAGAUCUGUGAAGUGGACAGGCUAUCACGAGUUUCAAAGUCUUAAAAAUAUGGGAGGUUCUAUGUAAUUUAAACUUCUUUGUGGUCUAAACAUGAUUCACAAUUUAGACAAUAUUGUCUUUUUUUUCUUAGAAUGGCGUUCAGUUGUCCACACCUUCUCAAAAUGCGGUUAAACAGAGAAGCGAGUUCACACUUAUGGCAAAGUAAGUUCUGACAAUGUUUUCUCCUGGUAGUCUGCUCCUUCGGUCAUAUCCCUUUUUAUUUUGUUCUUUGGGUACACUUGGCCCUGAUCUCUGACCUCCUCAUUCCAUCACACUUUUCUAUGUCUUUACUAUUCAGAGAACCUCACUUGCUUCACCCCAUGCCUUCACAAAUGGUCUUAUUUACUAGUGGAGAAUUGCAUAAAUUAGGCCAAAAUAGCUGAGAUAGAAAAUGUCCACGUUCACUCUGUAUGCUCCUUUGAUAAUCUUCCUCUGGCUCACACCCUGUAAACAUUCUGAGUUCCUUACCAUUUGUUCUUCACUCUCUUUAUCUACUCAAUCAUAUAGUCUUAUUUUGUCUCCUCACAUUGUGUAUUAUAAAUUCCUUUAUAGUCAUUCACCCUUUCUCUCUUCUGCAGACGCAUUGGAAAGGAUCUUAGUAACACAUUUAGCAAACUGGAAAAAUUGACAAUAUGUAAGUAUUUCUUGCACUUUGUGUGUGUUUGUCUACGAUAUAUGGACAGUCGACUUGUUUGCAUUCAAUAUUUAGAAAAAUAAUUUAACAUGUCAUUUGAUAGGCUUGUUCUAGUCUAUCUGGCCAGUUGUUUUACUGCUAGAAUAUCACACAUUAUUAGUUUGGGCAAAGUACUAGUACAUGGUAGAAAAGUCUGUCAAAUAUGUGAAGAAGGCUAUUUAUAAUUUGUCUACUAAACAAUUACAUCGGUUAAAAGUAUAAUGUAGUCAGUAGACGUUUAUGGCUGCAUAACCCUUCUUCUGGGAUCUGUUUACAUUUUGUGUUUUGUUUUUUUGUUUUUCUUUACCUUUAGUGGCAAAAAGGAAGUCUCUCUUUGAUGACAAAGCUGUGGAGAUUGAGGAGCUGACCUACAUCAUUAAACAGGUAUGCAAAUGUGUUUAUAAUUUCUAUCUCUAUUUCUGGAUUAGACGACCAGUAGCUGUCAUUGGUAAACUCGAGAUUUGAAGUCCCCCAGUCAACGUAGUCAGAAUUAAAUAUUUAUAUAUUUAUUUUUAUAUGAAAUAGCAUACUGGGAUCAACAAAGGUGAAAUUUAAAAAUAACGCCAUUAGCAGGUUAUGCAUUUUACUUCCGCAGGAAAUGUUGGAUUUUAGAGAGAGGCUACAGGGAGAAUGCUUGGUGUUUUUACCUAAAUAUGCUUAUAGAUUAUAAAUCCUAGUCAGUAACAAGAAAAUCCUUAGCUUGAUCUUAAAUCAAUGGCAGCCCUUGGGAUGUUGAAAGGUGCAGACUUCCUUGGACAAUAAAAGUACAAAAAGGCAUGGUUACGACAGUGACAUUGUUUGUAAUGCACAUAAAUGUUCUCUUUUAUGUCAAAAGAAUAUAGAUUGAAGUUUUGCAAUUAUCUUUAACAAAAGUUCUAGCUGUUGGCUGCCCUUGGUGCUUUCAGUCAUUCUCACAUUUUUAUUUCUCUGUUUUCAGGACAUUGGCAGUCUCAACCAACAAAUUGCUCAGCUCCAGUCAUUUGUCCGAGCUCGGGGCAGUCAGAGUGGACGACAUCUUCAGACUCACUCAAACACUGUAGUAGUCUCUUUGCAGGUGAGAGAGGGAUCACAGAGUGUGACUAAUCUGGAAAUAGUCUUCCCUUAUUUUGGUGUCCUACCAGUGGUUCCUAUCAUCUUGCAGCUAGCAAAAUAUUUAAAGCAUUAUUGUCAGUUGUGUAUAUUCUUAUCCAAGAAGCCUAAUAAAAUAGGUUUAUCAUAACGAACACCAAGAAAUGCUUAGACGUGUGGUCACAUAUUAGUAAUAUUUGGCCUUUUCUUACACAUAAUGAUUUACUACUCAGAUGGUGGUGGAUUUAAUUUGUCUGUUGCUGUUCUUCCCCACAAACACAACUCUUUUUUUGUUUUUCCUUCUGAAGUCCAAACUGGCGUCCAUGUCGAACGACUUUAAGUCUGUAUUGGAAGUAAGGACAGAGGUGAGAUGCUUUGGAGAAAUCUUGAUAAUGGAUAUAGACCAUUGAAUAACUUUAAUAUUUGGAUUAUGCUUUGACUUUUUUGUUUGUUUCUUAGAAUUUGAAGCAGCAGAGGAGUCGCAGAGAGCAUUACUCUCAGGGCCAGGUCUCAUCUCAUCCCUUUCAGCAUAAUAGUUUGGGUAAUAUGAACUGUCUGUCUGUUUUAUGCUUUCUGUAUCUAUAUAAAUUUUCUUAAUUUCUUUGCAUAAUGGUGUGUCAUUGUCUCUUUGCCACUAUUAUUGCUGCUGUUGUUGUUUUACCUUCCAAUCAGAUCUCUCUCUAUUUUCAAAAGUACACUCCUAUCCAUGUCUCUCUCAAGUAUCCUAUUUAUUCACAUCCUGUUAGCUAUGUUUUGAGCAACAACCUCCCCUUGAAGUUGUUUUUGUGUUUACGUGUUUCUUUGAUAUUUUCAGGUCCCUCUGUUCUGUUACAAGAUGAUUCUCGCAGACAUGGUGAAGUGACAAUAGAAAUGGAUUCGAAAGUCAGCCAACAGUUGCAGCUCAUAGAUGAGCAGGUAAGACUUGUAAUAAAUAGUACAAGGUUUCAAUAUGUAGUAACAUAACUGAAAAGAGAAAUGUGUCCAAGUUCAGCAUUUCUCACAUUUGUUUUUGCUGUUGAUCCGAAAGAAGGCAAAAAGCCCAGUUUGAAGCACUUCCAAUUUUGCAGCAAUCUAGGAAAAAAAUCCUUCUUGACCCCUGAAUGACAGUCCGAUAUCUCCUUGGAUCAAGACGCUAUUACCCCACUAAUUAAAUAUGAUGUCCCUGAUUAUGUUUGUGCAAGUAUCUAUCCAAUUUCUGUUUACACAUCUGUAUCGACUCUUGUAAAACAACCUCUUUAGGCAGAGAAUUCCACAUCCUUGUUCUUAGUGUACAAAACCCUUUCCUUUGCCUUAGACUAAACCUCCUUUCUUCCAGUCUAAAUGUGUGACCUUGUGUCCUAUGUAUAGUCCUGUUUAUUAAUAGAUUUCCAGACAAUGGUUUGCAUUGGCCCUAAAUAUAUUUGUAUAAUGUUAUUAUACCCCCUGUAAGAUCGUAAUGUUUAUAGUCUAGUACCCAUGCUGGAAAUAUGCAGUAAGUUAGUCCAGACUAGCAGAAAACUCUGACUUUGCCAGAAAGCCAACUAUAAACACACGUUUUAAUUUUUUCAUGUAUCUCCCUUUAUUAAGGACUCUUAUAUUCAGAGCCGAGCAGACACUAUGCAAAACAUAGAAUCCACUAUUGUUGAGCUGGGUUCCAUCUUCCAACAACUGGCCCACAUGGUGAAAGAACAAGAGGAGACUAUACAAAGGUGAGAAAUUGGAGCUGUGGUUCCUCCACUGAAUCAGUCACUAAUAUGAUUACCAAACCUAUACUUAAAUAAGAAACUCAAUUCAGAGAAGUUACUUGUCUGCUUGUCUUACUCGUUUUCAUUAACACUCCAAUUUCAUGCCAUCUGCAGGAUUGACGGUAACAUUGAAGACACCUCAUUAAACGUGGAAGCUGCUCACUCAGAAAUCUUGAAGUAUUUCCAGUCUGUCACAUCAAACCGUUGGCUCAUGAUUAAGAUCUUCCUUAUACUCAUUGUUUUCUUCAUCAUUUUUGUAGUUUUCCUUGCCUAAAUCCACACUUACAUGAUGAACUCUCUGCCCACCUCCAUUAACACAACGGAUUACAUACUCUAUUUUUGCUCCACUGGGAGCUCCGCUACCAACUAGAGGGAGCCCACUGACCAGCUAUUGUCACUGUGUGUUUACAUAAGAGCUAGUGUGGUAGAAGGCAAAGUAACGAGUAUGUGUGGGGUUGUACAGUGUACAUAUUUAAAUAUAUAUGUAUAAUAUACAGUGUGAUCUAGACACAGAAGAAAACAGUAUGUGCUGUUCCAGCUGAUCUUUAAACCAUGCCAAAUUUUAAGCAAUCCCUUUAUUUAGUAUAGACAGCUGGAAUGCUACAUGUUGUUUGUCUAUGAUCUACACAUUAUAUACGUAGAUUGUGCACUCUUUCCAAGCUCUAUGUAUGCACAGAGUUGAGUGUGAAUUUGGUAACGUGUGUCUUUUGCACAUGUAUAUAGGCGAGUAUGUAGUCAUGCAUACACAGAUCUUACCUGUGAUGGAUGUGCUUGAGGUUUUAGCCAAGUAUACACAGUGAUAUGAGCACAUCCAGACCACUACGGCGUGGAUGAGUGUGUUCACAAGGUCAUCUAUCUUGACACCCCUGUUGGAACGCCCCAAAGACUGAUCCAAGGCAAAGGAAAUCUGGCAGAGGAGCUGUGAUUGCAUUCGUAUCCCUCAUAAUUCUUUUAAUCUAUUGUAAACAUUAUUUUUUUUUCUUUAUUUUUUUUUUUAAAUUAUUAAUCUCUUGCAUUAAAAUGCCCCUCAAUCCACAGAGAAUUGGGUCAUCUCUGCUGGGAGAGGGCUUGAUCACUUUUUGCUCAGCAGGACUACAUGUUAUGUUGUAGGAAGGGUUUUUAUAACACAUUCUGCAACCCUAAACACAAAAGGACUGUCACCCUCCCACAACCUUUCUGAUUUGGUCCUUCUGAGUAUGGCUUUUGGCCUUAGCCCAAUGUAAAAACUGUAUAUAGUGCAGAAUGCCGGAAUUAUACUCCACAUUUCAACUCAAUGAUUUCUGUCUGACUUUUGUACUUUUUAAAUUGUUUUUGUUCGGAUGGGGAUGGGGUGGUUAAUGUGCAUUUGUGUGAAGCAUGCAUGCAUGUCUCUGGAAUGUAUGUAGGUUUGUUUGUCUUUUGUUUCGUGUUUAAGUCAGUUUUAUUGUAAAUUUAACGUAUUCUUAUGGGUGUAAAAUUAGAGUAACAUUUCAUGGAUCCAUGUUUGUUUUGAAAGAAUGCCUUAAAGUGGUUGUUUGAUGCUAAAGUGUCAGUGCGCGUGUGUAACACUAAACUUUAAAAUGCUUUUUGUCUACUCCCUGAAUGACCAAGCUUUUAAUACUCAUCUAUAUUACCUUUUACAUAAAUAGGCUCCUUGUCAAUGUUUGUUUUGCCCUUUUCUGUCAGUGAGCACAGUAUGUGAAGGUGGAGACAAUGAAACUAUUUUACAUAUGGCUAGCCAUCCUAUUGGUUUUUGUACAUUUUGGGUGUAUGAGAGUGGCUUUCCUGGGGUCCAGUGAUAGCAAGCUGGCUAAAACUGAUGGGAGUCUUGAGGUGACAUGCUUCCACAGUCCGUCCCCCUCCCUGUGCGGCUCUCUGCAAUCUGGGAGGAGGUGACCUGAACUCACUUCACCCCAAGAGGCCACAGGGAAACUAGUGGUCUGACAGAGGCUCAGUCCAUUUUGCUAUUAAAGGCCAUGGGGCCUGUCCGAUCAGAGAUGCCCAACAGGUGGCCCUAAUUGUGCGGGUCACCCAAUGGGGUUUCCCAGCUGGUGGACCUCUUGUGAGACCUGGAACACCUUGGGCAUGGUCGCACUUGUGACCUUUGUGACCCUGGGUGUUCUGCUCCUGCCUCCCAUGCCUUUUUUUUUUUUUUUUUCUUUCUGUAAGUAACUGAUUCUUUUUAACGUGCAUAAGGAAUGAGUUCUAUGUUUACACGAGAGACAUUUGUAUUGAUCUUGUAUAAUGGUGUGAUAUUACACAUCAUGAUUAAUUAAGACUGCCCCUUGCAAAGAAGCAAUAUCCUGCUUAGACCUCAUUAUCUCAUCCAGGCCAUCCACUCUUCUUGAUUUUUGGAAGAGCAGUCCUGAUUUUAGAUAUCUGUCCCAACUUUGUUCCUUCUGGGUAUCCUCAAAUUUGUAUGGGGGUGAAUCCAUAUGGAAAAUAUGAAGACAGAAAACAGCAUAUAGUGUAGUAUAUUCUAUAGGUGAUGAGGUAAAAUAAGAGAGAUACCACUUACAAUUUUCUAGAGCUUAUGUUCAGCUCCAGAUAUAUACACUGGGCGUAUAAUCCCUGCCUGUGGAUAUGUCACUCAGCCAUUGCACGUAUUUAAAUGUUUUGUAUUGUUUGCCUAUUGUACAGUGCUGUGAAAUAUGUUGGUGCUAUAUAAGUAAUUGUAAUUGUGUUCCUCUUUUGGGGACACAAGGAAAAUGUCCCUGAAAAGCAUAGUGUGAGCACGUUAUUAGACGCGCUCAGGGCAUUAAGACACUGCAUAGAGCACUGACACCAUGCUCUCUCAGUAGUCAGCCCUUAGUUGGCUGGCCUGGAUAAUUGACAGGCAGCCUGGUGUGCAAAGUUGUCCUUUCUAGGCAACCUAUGGACAGACCCAGUGGUGCGAAUCACUUCACAGGCAUGAUGGCUUUUACCUACACACCUGUGUCCUGCUCUACAGGAUGCCGAGGUUAGGGGUGUGCCUUAUCUUAUUUUUGUCUCAACUGUACAUACUUCGUUGGGACCUUCAAUGCCCUUUGAAGGACCGGCCGAGGCUGUGCUUAUGGCUGUUCGUGUACGGUUUGGUACUGUGAAUCUUGCAAGUAGCUUUGGAAAUGCUGUAUGAGGCCCAGGCUCGGCUUAUGGCUGUUCCUGCAGGGUUUGGUACUGUGAGUCCUGGGAGUAGCUUUGGAAAUGCUGUAUGUGGCUCAGGCUAUAAGAGAGAAUUAAUAACCAAAUAGAAGUGGUCCCUAGAGUGGAUCCUUGGAUACAAAACUUUCACUGUACACAACCUUUAUCUUUUUUAGCAAUUGCAUUUUAUCUCUACUGUUUGUUUCUGCUUUGGGCUUACUUGUUUCUGCAUCCUGGAACUUUACAUUGGUUUCCUGGUUGGUUUGCACAUAAACAGAUUUAUUCUGCAGCUGAAACUUAUAAUGCACGGCUAUUACAUGGGAAAAUAAAUAUUACAACCUUUACAUCAUAUCCAGUUACAAGCCAACCAAAAAUCUUUGUGACAUGUGUGCAGCUCUAACCCUUCAACUUCUCCAGGAAGUACUACAGACUUCCACUAACAAUCUCUACUUUGCAUUAUUUAUGCACAGAACUAUUCGCUAAAGUGAGCAUUGAAAAUAAACUUCAAAUUUAAGAUAACUGAAUAGAAAUAUUUAUCCAACUCCGUUAUGUUUCUAUUUUGGCUACUUCGGUCAUAAAUUUGAAAUUAACUUUAAAUUCUUGCUUCAAAUAACCCUGUUAAUCUAUUUUUCUGCAAUAAUGUAAAAAAAAAUAUAUAUAUAUUUAUAACAAAAUAAUUUUUAAAUAGAG